GAUAUGCAUCAUACUAGUUUGCUACGUGGAACUUGGAAGUGGCAUAUAUACAUAACCGGAAGCUGAAUGUUGUGUUAAUUUUUUAUUGCAUGGAUUCACGAUCUGAUGAUUAAACCAGAUCUGUUCGGCGUUUCAGGAGACAUAUUCAUUUCUUUCUAGUUUUUAAACACUGAACUUUUUUCGGUACGAACUUUGCUUAAUUCGUAUUUAAUCUGUUCGCCAGGUCAAGAUUUUUUUCUUUACCAGCCUUGUUAGUAAGAUAGUGGCUUCCGUUCCGGAGUGGCUGAUUCUGUGACAAGUUUUAAAAUGACUGUUUGGAUACUUUGCUGAAGCAUGAUUGGAAGUCACCCAUAUAACGUCUAUAGAUGCCAAACUACGUAUUGGAACUUAUGCUAACGAUAGUGAUACGUUCAUCUUGUGUGCUUAACAUAGCAAGGUACGAGAAUACACGAUAAAAAAGGAAUGCUCUUUCGAGAGAUCACUUUAUGCAGGACGAGAAGAUUUAACGCAGAAUAGAAACAUUAAUUUUGGAUUAAAACCUUAAAGGUCUAGACGUGGAUCCAACCGACCUGUUUGUAUACACAGAAGGUUGCUUGUUCCACUGUUGUUUAACUUCAACUCGAUUUCCAACUCAACAUGAUCUUCAGCAUGGUCCCGACCCGUAUCAUCGAUCAGGACCUCGUCCUUCCCACCAUCCUCGUCGUCAUCGUCCACUUGGUCACCGCGUCGGCGCUCAGCCCGGGGUCGGCGGGCUCGUCGUCCGUGGAGUCGUUGGCGAUGGAGGACUUCCAGCAUCUGACGGACAAGCUCACGCACAAGCUCAUGCAGGACAUUGGAAAGCUGAAGGCAGAGGAUCCGAACUGGCCGGGGAAGCCCCCUGCGCAGAUGUCCGAGGACGAUGUGAUGGAGGAGCAGAUGAAGGCGACGUCGGAAUGCGAAUUUCACUGCCCGAAGGGUCGGGUGCAGGAACAGAACCCAGAUUUCAAAAUGCCAGCUUUUAAAAACUGCAGGCUAUAUGACAGCUCGUGGGACCGUAUACCAGGGGCCUCAGGAUGCUGCGCGAGACACCAGAUUUGUUACCACACCUGUGCACGGGAACGGAAACAGUGUGACAUGGAGUUUCAUAUGUGCAUAGAGAACAUCUGCGUGGAGCUGGAGGAGAAAGGGAUCAUCAAAACGGAGAAAGUCGUUAAAUCAUGCCACUCUGCAAUGGGGAUGCUUGGAAUCAUGAUCAUGGAACCCGGAUGUAAGAUGUUCCCGAAGGCGCAAGACGCCGCCUGCCGAUGCGUUAAAAAGAAACCCGACUUGAAAAUUGGAGUUGAUAGUAAACCAGAUGAUCUGAACAUCUCCGACAAUACAAUAAGCCUACGAACAUGAAGGAAAAGAAAGAUGUUUUCGUCAACAAUGAUGAAGGCAAUGAAGCUGUUGGUGAUGUCGAAAAGACCUUAGCUCAUGACGACGACGACGACGACGAAGGAUAUGAUGAUCACGAUGAACUUUGAUAAGAAUUUGUUUAUCCAAUUUGGUCUCUUUCCUCAACAUGAAUUAUACGAUAUUUCACCCAGAAUAUUAUAUGACAUGACAUGAGUCUUUAAUGUUUUGUCGUUAAAAUUCAAGCUAUCAUAAUCAUGUUCUUGAGUAUUCAGAAUUGUGCAUAGUACGUGAAAUCAUGAUUGUACACAAGUUGUAUUAAUGGAUCAUAGCUAUUUGUUCUUUGUACUCACACCCGCUUGAUGUUAAAAAACACAGUCUCUUAUAUAAAUUAAUAAACUAUUACAAAAAAGAAAAAGAGUUUAGAUUUUUAAAUGCGAAAUAAUUAUGUUACGGAGCAAUCAGGGGUGGGAGUAAUGUCAUCGAAUUCAUGAUGAAAUUUUAAUUUUGUG